CUCGAAGCUACCUGUCAUUCCAAGCUGAAGGAAAGCGCACAGACCAGAGACAGGAGUGCAAGUUGGGUCAAGUGGGAUUGGCAGAAGAAUGCUGGUCCCAGGCAUCCGGGGGCAGGAUGGCGUCGUGUUGGCAGAGAGCUCUGGGUGUUAGAUGGUUCCUCUUGAUGCUCGUGUGGCGCUGGGCACCUCUGGGUGCUCUGAGCUGGCUCCUGGCCUCAGCUGAGCGCCCUGAGCCUUUGUCUUUCUUCUCUUUGCCUGGCAAGGCAAGUGUGGCUCAGCUGGACUGGCUCCUGUCUGAUAAAGGACCUUUCCACCGGUGCCCGGAGUAUACUGAGUUCAAGGAGCGCUUUCAACAGGGCUUCUCAACCCGUUACAAGAUCUACAGGGAAUUCAGUCACUGGAAAGUGAACAGCUUGGCCACAGAGAAGAGAGAUUUCUUCAAAGCUCCACUGCCUUUGUCUCCUGAAUUCCUACGCAAUCUCAGGCUACUUGGAAGGAGGCCAACUCUCCAGCAGAUCCAUGAAAACCUGAUCAAGAAAUACGGCACUCACUUCUUAGUAUCAGCCACACUUGGAGGCGAGGAGUCUCUCACCAUUUUCCUGGACAAACAGAAGCUCAGCAAGAAGUCUGAGGUCAAUGGCAACAGCUCGACGGUGUCUCUGGAAAUCCUGCACCAGCUGGCUGCGUCCUAUUUCACUGAUAGAGAGAGCACCCUCAGGAGGCUCCACCACCUACAGAUUGCCACUUCAGCCAUCAAGGUAACAGAGACCAGAACAGGGCCUCUGGGAUGCAGUAACUACGACAGCCUGGAUUCUGUCAGCUCAGUACUGGUGCACAGCCCAGAGAAUAAAAUCCAUCUGAAAGGUUUACAAGAUGUUCUCCCUGACUUCCUGCGCAACCGCUUUGUGGAGGCAGCGCUCAGCUAUGUGGCAUGUAAUUCUGAAGGCGAGCUCUUGUGCCACAACAAUGACUGCUGGUGUCAAUGUUCUGCCAAGUUCCCUGACUGCAACUGCCCAUUCUUGGAUAUCAGAGCCAUGGAAGAGAGUCUUCGGAAAAGCAGGGAGGCCUGGAUCACCUUGAACAAUGAGUUUAUUGAGUCAGAUGAAUUUAAGGCCUUUCUGAAGAAGCUGCCCACCGAUCGCUUUUUGAACACAUCAUCUAUCCUGAAGUUCUGGAGUUUGGACACGGCUUUGCAGAGACGCCACACUCAGCUGGAGACCAGCACUCAACUAAUCUUUGGUAAAGCCAACAAAAUUGUGCGGAAACUCUUCACCCUCAGUAAGCGCUGUCCCAAGCAGCCAAAGAUCAUCCUGCCCAGAGAAAGGACAUUGGGUUUCUGGUUGAACAGAGUUCAGUCUCUGCUGUACUGCAAUGAGCAUGGAAUCCUUGGCUCCUUCUCAGAAGAAGUGCAUUACUGCUUGUGUCCUACAGAACAGAGCAACUCCUGCCAGGGUACAGUUCCUUGUCAGGUUGGUGAGGGGACACUGUGUUCCUUGUGUGCUCCGGACAAUGUCACCCGCUGUGGCACAUGCAUGCCUGGUAGCUUCCUGCAGCUGGGUUCAUGCCGGCCAGCCGUGGCCGUUUCCCUGGACCACUAUGUGAACUUUGAUUUGGACAUGGUGGAUGCAGAGGCACAUCAUUUGCUGCAGCGUCUGGAUGGGCGCCUGGAAGUGCGCGCGAUCUACAUCAGCAACGAUGUGCGCUUGGGAAGCUGGUUCAACCCAGCGUGGCGCAAGCGCAUGCUGCUUACACUCAAGAGCAACAAGAAUAAGUCCAACCUGGUGCACAUGCUCAUGGGAAUCUCUUUCCAGAUCUGCACCACACAAAACAGCACGCUGGAGCCUGUGCCUGCCAUCUACGUCAACCCAUUUGGGGGAAGCCAUUCAGAGAGCUGGUUCAUGCCAGUCAAGCAGAACGACUUCCCCGAUUGGCAGCGAACUAAAUUGGACUCGGCACUGCCAUGCCACAAUUGGACGCUGGUCCUGGGCACUAAAUGGAAGUCCUUCUUUGAGACAGUGCAUGUCUACUUGCGCAGCCGUAUCCUCACAGAUGACCCAAGUAUCAACGAGACACUCUUCUAUGAGCCAUUGGAAAUGGACUCUGCUAACCUGGGGUACAUGAAGAUCAACAGCUUGAGGGUGUUCGGUUAUAGCAUGCACUUCGAUGCCGAUGGUGUCAAGGAGCUGAUCUCACAGUUGGACUACCCGUACACGCAGGGUACACAGGAUGCUGCUUUUCUGGCACUGAUGGAGAUCCGUGACCGUGUAAAUCGGCUCUCGCCACCCGCCGAGCGCCCUCUCGACCUCUUCUCCUGCCUACUUCGCCACCGGCUCAAGCUCCCAGCCAGUGAGGUGGCGCGUGUCCGCGACUCACUUCGCAGCUUCAGUGCCAAGUUGCCCAGCGCCUCCAAACCUGAACUGGCCCAGCUGUGCAGCUAGCUCAUAUAACUCUCUCCUGCCUGUGUGUGUGUGUGUGUGAAUUGCAAAUGAGAAAGAGGGAGAAUUCAGCCAGCUGUGCAGCUAGCUUACAUAAUUCUCUCUUGCACUUUCCUGUUAUUUUAUCUGUCUUCUGAAAGCUUGUAUUCACAGAUGUAUAUACUGUAUUUAACAAUGGACUGAGAUACCCUUAAUGGAAUCUUUUAUUCAGAAAUGUGAUUGACUGAAACAUCAAGGCAUGAAUGGUAAGUUUGUUUAUACGUCUUUUUUUUUAGGCUAGCUUUGAUUAAUACUCUCCAGCUUGGGUGUGCGUGAGAAAAAAGAACACGGCUGGCUACGCAGCUAGCUCAUGUCAUUCUCUCUCGCUUAAGCGUGUUUGGGUUUGUCAGAAUGUGAAUGAGAAAGGCAGGGAGAGUGAGGUAUAAAAGGUUAUUUUGGGAAUGAGUAUCCAUGUUCUUGUGGGUUUGCUUUUCUAAUCCUGCCACCACUGAGCAGCAAACCUGAACCAACUCUAAGUUGUGAUUGACACGGGAAUAGCAAGUGCGCAUCCAUCUAAAUGGUAAGCAAAUUUAACACAGACUGAAUCAAAUUAUGCUUUUGAGUGGAGCUGGAAGAGAGACAGAACUGCAUCCUAGCCUUUUCUGUGGAACAAUGUACAAACAUGACAUGUCUGAUCUUUUUCUAUGUGUUCGGAAAUGUUCGGUAUUAUUUGGUGACUUUAUUUGAAAAAGGGCAUCGUUGAUGAGGACUACAUUCUUAUAAAUUUAUGGUGAAAAUUGGUUCUACAGUCAUAGCAAUCGAGACUUUACUUUUCUAUUUUUAUCUGAUGUCCUAAAUCCUGUAUUGAGAGAUGUUUCUCUGUAUUUAUAACCGAAUUGAGAUGCCCUUAACAGAUUCUUGAUACGGAUAGAUAUGAGAGAUAUG